CACAUUUGCACGGCGGAGAGACUCCUACACAGCGCCCUUCCUCACAUUUUCCCUGCCCGUCCAAACAGGCAAGAACAGGACUUGGUCGUGCUCGUCCAAACAGCGGAUACCACCGUAGCAUUCCUUAGGACUUUUUUUUUUUUUUUAAUAAGCGUGUCAGUUCUGUUAAGGAGUUCCCACUCACUCUCGGAAGAUGGGUUCCGUCCCGGUGAUAUCAGCUCUGGUUUUGGCCGUCGUGGUUCCAUCGUUGGCCGGAUACAUCGAGGCGCUAGCAGCCAACGCGGGCACUGGGUUCGCCGUGGCCGAGCCACAAGUGGCCAUGUUCUGCGGCAAGCUCAACAUGCACGUCAACAUCCAAACGGGCCGCUGGGAACCCGACCCGUCCGGAACCAAGGGCUGCUUGGGUAGCAAAGAAGGCGUGUUGCAAUACUGCCAAGAGAUGUACCCUGAGCUCCAGAUCACCAACGUGGUGGAGGCAAACCAGCCACUGCGCAUCGACAAUUGGUGCAAGAAGGAGAAGAAGGUGUGCAAGGGGCACGCCCACACCGUGGUGCCUUUCAAAUGCCUCGUUGGUGAGUUCGUGAGCGAUGUGCUGCUGGUUCCUGAGAAGUGCAAGUUCUUCCACAAGGAGCGUAUGGACCUGUGCGCUAGCCACCAGCAAUGGCACGGCGUGGCCAAGGAGGCGUGCGUCAAAAGCUCAACAGUGCUGCACAGCUACGGCAUGCUCCUUCCGUGCGGAACCGACAAGUUCCACGGCACCGAGUUUGUCUGCUGCCCCGCCUCGCGCGCUGAGGAAGCGGACGACUCAGCACGAGACCGAGAGGAGGUAGAGGAGGAGGAGGAAGAAGACAUUGAGGACGAGGAGAUUGGUGAAGACGACCUGGAUGAAGAUGAAGAUGUGCUCGAAGACAGUGACACUGCAGCUGAAGAGAAACCCACGCAGAAGGAGGAGCCGCAUGAUGAGGAGGGCGAGGUCGAAGAGGACGAGGAUGAUGACGAUUACGAUCACUAUGUCUACGAGGACGAGGAGAUAGAUGAAGAGGAAGACAAGAGAGACAGUAGCAGGAUGUCAGACAGCCGGGAAGACCAGGACAAAAGUCUGCAAGAAGUCAAAGCUGUGUGCACUCUGGAGGCUGAAACAGGUCCCUGCAGGGCCUCCAUGCCCCGCUGGCACUUUGACAUGAGCCAGAGGAAGUGUGUGCUCUUCAUCUACGGAGGCUGCGCCGGAAAUCGCAACAACUUUGACUCGGAGGAGUACUGCAUGGCCGUGUGCAAGCGACUAGCUACGCCCCCGACGCCUCAGCCCGCCGACGAUGUGGACAUCUACUUUGAGACCCCGGCGGACGACAAGGAGCACAGCCGCUUUCAGAAGGCCAAGGAGCAGCUGGAAAUUAGGCACCGUAACCGCAUGGAGAGGGUAAGGAAGGAGUGGGAAGAGGCUGACAGCCAGGCCAAGAACUUGCCCAAGGCUGAGAGGCAAACCCUGGUGCAGCACUUCCAGGCCAUGGUGGAGUCCCUGGAGGAGGAAGCUGCUAGCGAGAAGCAGCAACUAGUGGAGACCCACUUGGCUCGGGUGGAGGCCAUGCUAAACGACCGGCGUCGCCUGGCCCUGGAGAACUACCUGGCGGCCCUGCAGGCGGAUCCCCCUAGGCCUCACCGCAUCCUGCAAGCACUGCGCCGCUACGUGCGCGCCGAGAACAAGGACCGUCAGCACACUAUCCGACACUACCAGCACGUUUUGGCUGUGGACCCCGAGAAGGCAGCGCAGAUGAAGUCACAGGUGAUGACCCACCUACGUGUGAUUGAGGAGAGGAUGAACCAAAGUUUGUCUCUGCUUUACAAGGUUCCUUAUGUGGCUGAGGAGAUCCAGGAUGAAAUUGAUGAACUUCUUCAGGAACAGAAAGCCGACAUGGACCAGUUCUUGUCAUCCAUCUCCGAGUCCCAGCCCGACGUCACCGUUUCGUCAGAGGAAAGCGUGGAGGUCUCCGAGGGUAGACCCUUCCGGCCCAUCCAGGUCAAUUCCUUGGGGUCCCGCCCGGAAAUAGAAGGCGAUCUGUCUGACCCUUCGCGAGUCUUCAAGAAAGGCUCCGCCGUGUCCGACCUGGACGGUCUCAUCGGCGCCGAGGAGAGAAUCAUCAAUAGCAAGGCUAACAUGGGACCCAAUGUGGUGAUUGAUGAGUCUCUGGAUGUUAAAGAAGUUGUUUACAGUGCAGAGAGAAUCCGCGUAAUGCAUGAUGAUGAGCUGGAGACCUACAGACCUCUUGGCGAGGACUUCAGCUUCGGCAGCAACAUUCUUAUCGGCCUGCUGGUGAUCGCCGUCGCCAUAGCGACAGUGAUCGUGAUCAGCCUGGUGCUGCUGCGGAAGCGCCAGUACGGCACCAUCAGCCACGGCAUCGUGGAGGUGGACCCCAUGUUGACGCCCGAAGAGCGCCACCUCAACAAAAUGCAAAACCACGGCUACGAGAACCCCACCUACAAAUACCUGGAGCAGAUGCAGAUUUAAACCUGAGGGGGGCGCCGCCCACUGCUGCGUACUACUGACCAAUAAUUCCAUAACAAAAUGAUGAUAACACGAUGAGCUCAUUUGCAUACACGCAAAAACAACCCUUCUACUAUUGUACAAUAGCGCGCUUAUUUUAUUUUUUCCUUUUUUAUUUUUAUUUUUCACCUUUGUUAUCUCAUCAUUUCCAUUACCUUGGAUCAAAGAUGUAUCACAUUUAUGAUUUUUUUUUUUUUUGUGAAAAUUUUUUUUAGAUGUGAAUCAAAUGCUUCUUUUCAUGUUUUUACGACGGAACUGAGGCCGCCAUUUUUGGUUUUUCCCCUUCAAUGGUUCGAUUGUAUGUGAAGGUUCUUUGCAGCAAUAUAGCAGUGUUCCCACCAAUUUUUGAGGGGAAAAAAAUAAAAAUUGACAGGAAUUUUUGAAAUGUUGACUAUCGUGCGCUAUCAUAAAUUAUAAACCAAUUAUGUAAACGAAGAGUCUUACAAAAAUCUACAGUCUUGAAAUGCAGUUUUUAACUCUUUGAAUGCCAUUGACGGUGCUAAGCGCUGUCAGCCCUUCAGGUUCAAAAAGAAUGGACGUCUACUAGUGGUAAACUAAGGAGGAUGAUCGGACGCCACAGGAUUGGACGUCUAGCCCCGUAAAUGGCACUGAAAAAGUUAACGAACACAAAAAUACAAUGCGAUUCAGUACAAUGGUAAAGAACUGUUUCCGCCUGGUGGCCCGCUAGGCUUAUAAAGUACACUGAAAAAGACAAACACUAUUGAAAAUGGAUGUCAAGAUGAUAUAAUAGAAAUGUAUUUCUACAUUUCAAAUGUUAUUAACUCAUUCACUACUGUUGACGGCGAUAGAUGUCCAAUUUAUUUCAAGUAGGAGGAAUCGUUAGAUCGUCAAUGGCGCUGAAUGAGCUAACAAGGUUUGCCACACUACCAACUUUUGUUGAAUGUAAGAUGGAAUGUUCUAUUUUGGACUGUUAGGGGAUGAAGUAUUGUUAGGUUUUUUUUUUCCCCAUCUUAAACUUAACCCUUUAUAGGGCAAGUGACUAUUUAAAUAAAUUGAACUUAAACAUUUUUUUUUCAAUUGUUGAUCAUAACUAAUUUUUACAUGUAUUUUUCUAUAUUUUUGCAUAAAUACAAUUAUAAAUUCUUGCAUGUUAAUAUAAACAUAAUUAACACUAGGAGUCCCUGAGAAUUCUGGUACUCCUACUAGUCCCAAACAAUGACCAAUAUGGCCUCUCCCCCAGAAAUCCCAGAGGGGGAGAAAAUGACCCAAGUGCUUUUGAAUUGGCAAGUCAUUGCUGGACAGACAACCGCCGUUCAUAUGGAAAUGCAACCACUAGACAUACAUUAACUUCAGGCACAAUGACCACAAUCCAUGCUCCAUGCCCCUGAUUAAGUCCUUCUAAAGUAUAGACACAAUUCCUGCUUUACACUCAAAUUGCAGUUCUAAAACGUUUUUUUUUUUUCCUUCAAAACAAUGUACACAUUUGGGCCAUUUUUUCUGUCGUCGUGUGUGGAGUAUAGGAGAAGUGAAUUUUAAAAAUGUGUAAAAAGUGUCAAACUUCAAAAAUAAAUGUUAAUUAAAUAAAUGUAGCGUGACUUGAACUGACACAAACUAUCACGAGUCACGGAGGAGAGGCCAAAUCUGCCAUUGCUAGGAAAUAUUAGUGUUUGUCUUGGGAAAGGCCAAGUCGGCCUCUGCUGGGUUUUUUAGUGUUAAUGACAUUAAAAUGUUGAUUUUUUUUAAUUUAUUAGAAUUAUUUUUCUAUGUCAUAUUGAGCUCAUUGGCAUCCAUUGACAGUGCUCGACAAAGUCAGCCCUCCCAGUCAAAAUGGCUUGGAUGUCAAACGCCGACAAUGGCAGCCAAUGAGCUCCAUCAGUGCCCUAUAAAGGGUUAACCCCCCCUCCCCCAACCAUUUUAAAAAGUGGUACCUUCCCGCAAAAACAAAGCAUGUAUCUCAACAUAAAAAUGUACAUAAACAGAUAUUUACAAAACAACCUCCAUUUUCGUCCCCAAAAUUCCAAAUUGUCAUGAAAUAUGAACUAAAAUCUCAUUUUGCCGUCUUUGUAUAGUCGUUGUUACAAUCAAAGCUUUUUCUUUCAGGAGGACUUUUUUCUGUGCUGGUGUGCAUUGUUCUGAUACAUAAGAUGAUAUUUUAAAUAUAUAUUCUUUUUCUAUUUGUUCCUCGUCCUGUGACAGUACUGCACCCACCCCUCCCCUUAAAAAAAACAGCUUCAGUCUUGUAACUAUAAAUGCCUGUUUGACUGUGUGGCAAGACAACACACACAUGCGGCUAAUACUGUAUAUGCUGUAUUUGGUUUGUAUUAUUAGUCAUCGGAGAGUGGCGUUAACAAGCUUAUUUCUGGUUAAGGGGAGGACAUGUCAAUAAAGUCACCACUUACAGUCCAA